AGCGUCUUCAUCAUCUCUCUGUUGUCCUCAGAUCAGAUGAGUGUUGCUGAGGGCGUUUGACGCGCGUUUGAGCAUCACGCGAGGCGUCAUUCAUCGGGUUAACUCUUUAGAAGGCAAUUAUUCAAAUCCUGCAGCAGUUUUUUCUGGAUUCGGGUUGCGGUAUCUUAGCAACAACACCCGGGAGUCCGCGUAACAACAGCUGCAGUAACAGCCGAACCUCACCCGAAACCGAGCCUGAACCCGAACCGCCGAACUCUGGAUCAGAACCCCGGCGGGCGCGCGAGACGUUAACGGGAAUAUUCCUGAUUGGAAAUACUGCAACAGCGAACUUAUUUGUACCUCAAAAUGCUCCCAUGUGAAGAGAAAAAGUUUGCGUUUGAUCACCCGAAUGCGAAUAUAACGGAUGAUUAAUUGAGCACCAUCAUGAUCGCCACAGGUGGUCUGUUGCGGAUCUCUGCGAGGAGACAAGACUCCCUCCGUGCCAAAAACCAUGCCGAAAACAAGCGCAAGAGGAAAGCAAAGAAAAAGAGGAAGAACGAAGUGGUCGUGGUGAAGGGAAAGCUGAACUUAUUUUCCAUACCUGGACUGAUCGCUGCCAUUGGAAUUAUUGUGCUGCUGGUUGGCAUCGCCAUGGCUGUGUUGGGCUACUGGCCCAAAGAGAGUCCACUGUACCCAGUACUGCUGAACACAUCGAGCACUCAGGGGUCCUAUGAGAACAGUGAAGCUGAACUAGUCAAUUUGACAGUCAGUAGUAAGUCUUGGCAUGAACUGGAUAAAGACUUCAGGAGCUUUAAUGGCCCCAAUAGGACCGAUGGAUUGGAUCCGCCUCAGUUAGGAGCAUUCGCUGCAUUUAUUGAUAGGUACUUGUAUUCAGACAAGAUGAAAGUCUUUGGACCUUUGAUUAUGGGCAUCGGCAUCUUCCUGUUUAUUUGUGCUAAUGCAGUACUUCACGAAAACAGAGACAAAAAGACCAAAAUCAUUAAUCUUAGAGACAUCUACUCAACCGUCAUUGACAUUCAUAGUUUGCGGAGCAAAGAGCCUUCCCCACUGAACGGGUUUGUGAACUAUACACAAUCGAAAGAGACCAAAUCUAGCCCGUCACUCAGCGCUGGCACUUUGACCAAGGGCCCUUGGCCGUCUCCGGGCUCAGGUAGAUAUGACCCAAGUAGCCUGAUUCCAUCGCGAAGACCGUCUACAACCACACCACGGGUCUCGUCUGUGGACAGAGAAACCUUUACGAACACGGUGUACAGUAUUUACCAAGAUCAGAACAGUAUCAGUAUGGCAACGCCUGAGUUAAAGCAAUGGGAGACCAGAACAAUCGUGUCAACGUCCAUCAAUGCUUUCACGCUUCCAAUGAUGAAACUCAACAAUAGAGGGACGUCUAAAAGAAGGUGGUCGGAUAAAACCGGAGAGGCCAAACAUGAGUAUUUGGACACGGAGGCGAUUUGCAGACGUCUGGAGGAUCUGGUGGCAUAUAGAAGCAUCACGAAAGCCAAAGUGGAGACUGCUCAGACUCAUCCAGAUCUUCCAGAAGACUCGGUGGAUGUUUACAAGAGUAGCGGCAGUUUGCAGGGAGCUCCUCGUGUUUCUUUGCAGGGUUCCCAGGUGCAGCUUCUACCGCCAUCUUCACCGGUCCGCAAUGCGACAGGAUCUCACCUGUCCUUGAGCGCUCUCUCGGACUACUCAAGGUCCAUUGAUCUGGGAAUCUGUCCGUCCACCCCUGCGGAGCGGCAGGUGGUGCGAUCAAGACGCCUCAGCUGCCCUCGACUUGAGGUGCUCAGCAGCGGACGCUACACCAAACUUGAGGGUCUGGGCGGCGAGUCCUUCGAGUCCACAGACAAUGCAAUAUUUAGUCGCAAGAGUUCGGUUGAGAUUCUAGAAAAGGACCAAGAUCAAACUGACCGAGAGAAGAGCACCUCUGAUAGUCCGGAGGGUGCCGUGGUCCGGCAGUAUUCAAAGAAAGAAAAACUCAUCAUGGUUUCCCAGUCAGACACGACUUUAGAGGAUGUGGAAAUGGACAGCAUAGAACUUUAAAUAGAAUUCUGUAAUGUAGACCUGCAUGGCGGUCGUUCAAGACUCUUGGCUAAUGCGGCUGUUAUGACACUAAGGAAGGUUUCAAUGGGAUUUCUUGCAAAGUUGGUCUUUAGAACACAAUCAAAAUGUGCACUGAAUGGAAAUGCCAUCUUAAACACUCGGUAUGUUAGACCCAAAGGCUCUUUGGAUGAACGAGUCUUUAAAACUGGUACCUUACGGAGCUACUGAGCACGAGGAAAGGAACAGGCUCUGAUUCUAAGCAUGAUAGCACAGCUAUGCUUCACUAGAUUUAUACUUCAGUAGUUGAAUAUUUGUGGCUGUUUCUUGAGUUUAUCGGUGACGUUCGGCUGUCUGAGCAGCAUGUUUUAUACGGUCGUCUACUUGCACUUUUUUAAUCUCCAAAUGACUUGAUACAUAGCAAUAUCUGAUUUCAAAUGAUGACUGCUUGUGUGGGAAAUGGUUAUGUUUGCAUUUUGCCAAAUAUUUACUCGUAUGGUCAAAUUGUCUUUAUUUUGAGCUUUUUCUAGGAAACGUCUUGUUUAGGAAUGCAAUGUUGUUCCACUUAAGUGAACUCAGACCCAUGCAUUUGCACAAUGGUUCACAUGGUCCAGCAUUGGCUCAAAUAUAAUCCCAUUAGGGUCUAUUUCAAAUAUGAGACGUUCAGGAAUGCUGUCGUCUCUCAGAUGAGUUUGGGGUCCGUUCAUUAAAGAUGAAUCAAUGGUGUUUGAUUUAUGGGCAGAUUGCUUUUAGCUCAAGUAAAGAACUAAUAUGUUCCUUUCUAAAUCAGAUCUUGAUGUCUACACGAUCUCCAACCAUGAAGCCAUUCUGAUGCCUGAACGCUCAGACGAUCACAUAUAAACAAACAAAAUGGUAAAGGUGUGUUUUGCUUCUCAACACAGACGUUGACCAAUGCUAGCAUCUGUUUUCCAAGUGUAUAAUAAAUGUGCACUGCA